UUACUUGACGUUGGUACACUUGUCAUUUAUGUUCUUUUAAAAGUAAAUUUUAAAUUAUUUUACACAAUGAACGACAUAGGUAGACUUGUAGUUUUAUAUGGAAGUCAAACUUUUACCGCGCAAGAAGUUGCCGAACGAAUAUGGCGUACAACAAAGAUAUUAGGCUUCAAGGGGCCUGUACAGGCCAUGGAUGAUUAUCCAAUAUCUCGUUUAAUUCAUGAGGAAUUCGUGCUAUUUGUUUGUGCAACAACCGGUCAAGGAGACGAACCGGAUAAUAUGAGAAAGUUCUGGAAGUUACUCCUCCGAAAAAAUCUCCCUUCAAAUUCUUUAAUGAAACUUAAGUUCGGUGUUCUCGGCUUGGGGGACUCGUCAUAUUCUAAGUUUAAUUUCGUGGGAAAAAAACUUCAUAAACGACUGAUACAGCUCGGUGCUAAACCUCUCUUGGAUAUAGCUUUAUGUGACUACCAACAUGACUUAGGACAUGAUGCCGUCAUGAUUCCAUGGCUUAAAGACUUUUUUGCAACAAUGAGAGCUCAUUUUCCAAAUUUAAAAACUGACACCCUCAAAACCUCCUUCAUACCAAGAUGGAAAGUUUCUAUAUUGAAAAAAUCUGAGUGCUCCGACGAAACCAGCCUUAAUAAAGAUAUUUAUUAUGCGAAAGGUCAUAAGGACCAUUUCCAUGAUGCAACUUAUUUUGAAUUAGAAGAAAAUAAAAGAACAACAGAUGAAACACAUUUUCAGGAUGUAAGACUAAUUAUUCUUAAAACUACAAACGACAGAAUUGAAUAUAAUCCAGGUGAUGUUUUUAAUAUAAGACCACGAAAUUGUAAAGAGGAUGUCGAUGACCUCUUUGAUAUAUUUCAUACGCACAAUAUAGAUAUAAAACCGCAUUAUCACCUCUUAGUUGAAGAAUGUCAUGACGACAUGCCAGUUCCGGAUUUCCUUAAAGAGCCUCUCACACUAUACGAAAUAGCAGAACAGUACUGGGACCUGAAGGCGUAUCCAACACAAUAUGUCUUCUCUCUGCUUGCCCUGAUUUCUGAAGAUAAAUUAGAAAGAGACAAAUGUAUUGAACUCAGCUCGGCUGAGGGUCAGGAAGACUGGUUGAAUUACUGUAGAAGGCCCAGAAGGACUGUCCUUGAAGUUCUUCACGAUUUUCACAAAUCAGCCGCGAAGCUUACAAUAGAAAUAAUAUUCGAAUUAUUCUCGACGAUAAAACCCAGGUCGUUCUCCAUAGCGAGCAGUGGUCUCGCGUCUGAGGGUAGGAAGAUAGAACUACUGAUUGUCGUGGUUAAAUAUUAUAGCAAAUUAAAAAAAGCGAGACUGGGUUUAGCUUCGAACUGGCUGAAAAGUCUCCAUGUAGGAGAUAAAGUCUAUGGCUGGAUUAAGAAAGGCACGUUCAAGUUUCCAACGGAUGUGAAUGUUCCUCAUAUAUUUAUAGGGCCCGGCACUGGACUGGCUCCUUUCAGGAGUUUGUUACAAGAGAAGAUAAUCCAAGGAACGGCUAAUAAAGACACGAUGCACCUUUUCUUCGGCUGCAGAUACAAAAACAAGGACUUCCAUUGUCGGGAAGAAUUAGAAAAAAUGGUCGAAGAUAGGAAACUGACUUUGUAUUGCGCCUUCUCAAGAGAUCAGGAGAAUAAGAUUUACGUUCAACACAAAAUAGCCGAAAAUAGAAACUUGUUAUGGCAACUUAUAAAUGAAUUGGGAGCUUUUAUUUUUAUAUCUGGCAAUGCCAAGAAUAUGCCGGAUAACGUCCGUGACGCGUUCAUAGAUGAUGUAUUUAAUAAGAGUGGCAACAUUGGAUUAGCGCAAGCUAAAGAAAUGUUAAAUAAAAUGGAGCGAAAUAACAGAUUACAAGUGGAAACUUGGUGAUACGUUGUGAUAUUUAAAUACAUUUUUAAUGACGAAAGUUAAACAAAUGGUUGAG